CAGAAGUGUUUGUGUCCUCAUCCCUUGAUCGGUAACGGGAAACUAGGAUGUGUUGCUGAAGGUACGCUUUCUUUAAUAUUGACCGGUCCAUUGGUCAAAACAAGACAUUUCUUUGAUAUGGUCCGUCCCAUUAGUCAAAAUAAGACAUUUUAUCGAACAGCGUCGGGCCAUUGGUAAAAAUAAGACAUUUUCUUUGACAUGAUGAUAAAAUUAUUAAUAGCACUAAAAAGUAUUUGUCUUUAAAGUUGCUACAUAACACACAAGGUCGCGUAACGCCCAAAUUCGGUUGCUUUCCGAUUACUUGUAGAGUGGCGCAAAACAAAAUUCUGUUUUGCACAAAAAUGUACCCCUACAUUUUGAAAUAAUCCAAAUGUUUUCUGCGGAUUGGCUCAGAUAUUCCCUCCCCUGUCUUCCCUCCGCUUCACACGAUUUCCGACUACCCCUCCUCCGUGCCUAUCAAUGUGACACUGCGAGGGCGAAACUAAGAUAGGACCAAGAGAAUACCCUGUAGCGUGACACAACUGGGAAUGAAUUCAGGUUAUGUAUGGCACUAGGUGCCAUAAUGCCUAAUUUGCAUGCUGAUAGAUGCCCUGCCAUCUGCCACUCUCCCUCCCCCCUCUCCCUCUUCCCCCUCCCAUUCCUUAAAUGUCCCCUCAUUGGAUCAAAUUGUCCCGAAAGAAAGACUGAAUUCAGGAAUACGCCAAAAUGCACAACUUGAUUUUGAAAUAAUCAGAUAUUUUCAGGCGUUAACUCCCCCACCCCUGCUCCGACCACUCCCCACUUUCGCAUGGGGGCGGUUGGCUCCGUCGAUUUCUGGCCUACCUCUUACAAUUCAAAUGACAGUCUCGGCCCAUUUUAUUACAGAAGAAGAGCAAAGUUUCCAUGAGACCAAAAGCAGCGGUUCCCAGUCUCCGUUAAUUGCACCGCUUGGAGGUACACACAAUUGUAUUGAUAUUGCGUAAAACGGAAACAAAUUAUUUAAAAAAAAAAACACUUCCUUUAAGAAAAGCUAUGUUUCGAUAUAAGUCUAAUCGAUGGGUACGUGUGAAAUAAGAUUGGGAGCUGUUGCCCUUAGGCGUGCCAAAAACUGUGUGAAUUUAGUUUAUGUUAAGCAUGGUGGGGCGGUGUUACAGCUAACCAUGGUCGUCAUUAUGCCCAAAUUUAGCGCUGAUAGACGCACUGCCAAAAGGAGUACAAGGUUCAGAGUGUCAAACUGGUUGGGACAAGAACUUUGCCACACCCAUCCACGAUAAAAACUCUGCAGAGAGCUGAAAUGGCUGCCCCUCCAGAAAAAUAAAGAAGGGACCAUGAGGGUGAAACACCCCUUCCGGCACCCUUCAUGCGCCACUGGUACUGGACAAUAGAACAUCUAAAUGCCCCCCCCCCCCACACACACUUUUUUGAACAAAUUGUAGGAAAGAAACAGUGCAAGCCGAAGGCCAUGGUGGAGGGGGAUUUGCCUCCACAUAUGAGAGGUGGGGAUAGACGCCCCUGCAAGUCCCUUCCGGCACCCUUCAAGCCCCACUGGUACUGGAAAAUAGAACAUCUAAAGGCCCCCCCCCCCCCACACACACUUUUUUGAACAAAUUGUAGGAAAGAAACAGUGCAAGCCGAAGGCCAUGGUGGAGGGGGAUUUGCCUCCACAUAUGAGAGGUGGGGAUAGACGCCCCUGCAAGGACUAUGUAAUGAAAAUAAUGUAUGAAAUAUUUUUAAACAAUAUGACAACUACGUCACUGUAGACGCAGUAAUAUUGUGAAUGUUUAAAGGUAAAGUGAAUGCUAAACUUAAUGACUUCUGUUCAUUUAUUAUAGAUGUAGGCGCCAUCUUCGUCCAGGCUGACCCACAUUUGAAAAACCUGUAUGAUGAGUUCCUUCCGAUAGAGACACCAUGUCGACAUCGAAUACUGCAGUACACGACACCCUCCUCUGACAGAGUUGAGGUGAGCGCCCGGGGUGCCGGGCCUCAACAUGGGGAGCGGAGUGCAACUGGGGAGGGGGCGUGGAUAGGGGAGUGACAUUGGACAUUGUGGUCACGUGAUGCGUCGGUUAGGAGAAUCGGGCUUUUUGUUACCAUAUAUUCAGUGAGCUUCGUGGGACAGAGUAGGCAUUACAUUGGACAUUGGGAUAGAUAGCUGUUGGACAUACAAGGGAAUUUGAAAGGCUUGGCUGCUGGGAUAUACAAGGAAUUUUGAGAGAUAUGGAUGUUUGAAUAUACAAGGGAAUUUGAAAUAGAUUUUUUGUUUGGAUAUAUACAAGGGAAUUUGAUAGACAUAGCUGUUAGGAUAAACAAGGAAUUUUGAAAGAUGUGGAUUUUGGGAUAUACAAGGGAAUUUGAAAAACAUGGCCUUUGGGAUAUGCAACGAGUUUUGAGAGAUAUGGCUUUUGGGAUAUACGAGGGAUAUACGAGGGAUAUAGGAAGACAUGACUGUCGGCAAUGGAUAUUGUGAAUAUCAAUGCGUACACUUGAUUGUAAAUGUUACGUUUGGUGGAUUGCAUGAACUGUGUUGGGGAAAGGGCUGGCUUAAAUCUUUUAAAGUCAUAUUUUGGAAUGAAAUGUCCGAAGAAUUGAUUUAUAAGUAGUCUAUAUAUUUUAUAAUAGGCAAUUUAAGAAUAUUUUUUUUACAUUUCAUUUUCAUCUGAAGGUCUACGCCGAUAACGCUUUGUACAAGGGAGGUAAGUACUACAUCAACAGAGCGGAAGUACGAUUUUUCGGCACGGGCUUCAGACUGCGAAAACUUUAUAUCCUGAUCGAGGCUUACGCCCAGGGUGGUGUCUACAAGGUAGUUAGAAUAUGUCAUUUGUGUCAUGUUUAGGUUGUAAGUAGUUACAAAUUAUAACUCUGGUCUAGCGUAGACUGUGUAAAUACUACGACAUCUUUCAAGCAGUUCGUGUUAUUUUGCGGUGACAGUUAGUGUUAUUUUAAUGUGACAGUUCAUGUUAUUUUGCGGUGACAGUUAGUGUUAUUUUAAUGUGAUAGUUCAUGUUAUUUUGCGGGGACAGUUCAUGUUAUUUUGCGGUGACAGUUCAUGUUAUUUUGCGGUAACAGUUCAUGUUAUUUUGCGGUGACAGUUCAUGUUAUUUUGCGGUGACAGUUCAUGUUAUUUUGCGGUGACAGUUCAUGUUAUUUUGCGGUGACAGUUCAUGUUAUUUUGCGGUGACAGUUCAUGUUAUUUUGCGGUGACAGUUCGUGUUAUUUUAAUGUGACAGUUCGUGUUAUUUUGCUGUGACAGUUGGUGUUACUUUGCUGUGACAGUUCAUGUAACUGUUUAUUUUUUUAUUUUACCGACUGGGUUCCUCACGCUGACCAGUUCAGUUUGUUCGUUACGCUGUGACAGUUCAUGUCAUUGUUUUUCUUUACGCUUUGACAGUUCAAAGAGUGGAGACGAACAGAAACUGAUGUGGUGUGGCAAAAACCAACUUCAGAAAUUGCAGUUUUGGGCGAAUAUCAGGUGCGUGAAUUGACGAUAAGAGAAAUAUCUUUCUGCACUUUUAAAACUGGACAAAGUCUUUAUACCGUAAUCUUUAUAUACUCAUUAGACCGAUUUUCUUUCUCUCUCUCUCUCUCUCUCUCUCUCACUCUCUUUCUUGCCAAAUAACUUUCUCUCUGGCUUACUCUCGUUCUUUCUUGCUGACUCACUCUCUCUUGCUGACUCACUCUUUCUCUGGCUUACUCACCUAUUGAUUUAUUACUCUGUUUUUUUUUUUCUUGUGAGAUAUUUUUAAAAAAUAUUUAUUUGAACAAAUCCUUCCCCCCCCCUCCCAGUUCAAUGUUACCUACAAUAAAGUGGACAACUUUGCUGAAGUCAACGCUGUCGAUGGCUUCGGUUUCAGCAUGAGGUUCAGGCCUGCUGAGAAGAUGACGGAGUUUCAGUCUCAGAUUCCG